CGAGUUCGGGCCUCCUCUUCCGCGGACACCACGCGGAGACGACGAACCUUGCUGAGAAGCAAGUGGAGCGAUUGAAACCCUAACCCUAAGUCACCCUUCGAAAACCCCUCGGCGGUUCAUGGCGUCGUCGCGGGUGAUGGCGUCGUCCCCGUCCGCGAACUCCGAUCUCACGCGCCAGUCAUCCGCAUGCUCCCUCCCCAUCGCGGACCUCCAGAGCUCCGUCAGUGGCGGCGGUGGAAGGGGCCUCGGAAAGACCCUCGGAUCCAUGAGCAUGGAGGACCUCUUCCGCAACAUAUACGGCGGCGGCAGGGGCGGCGAGGGGGGAGACCCGAUGUUGCGGCAGGGGAGCUUCGUGCUACCCAAGGUCGUCGGGGAAAAGGCAGUGGAGGAGGUGUGGCGACAGAUGGGCGCUGACCGGAGGCCGGACGGCGGGGACGGAUCGGUCGCGGAGAUGACGCUGGAGGACUUCCUGGCGCGGGCGGGCGCGGUGGGGGAGGAGGACGUCGGCGUUGCGUCCGGUUGGAGCCCGGUGGUUUUGGGGCCGAGUCCCAUCAUGGUGGAUCGGUUAGUCCAACAGCAGCAGUUUGCCGCGGGGUUGGGGAAAGCGGAGGGUGCUGAAAGGGGCGGGAGAGGGAAAAAGAGGCCGAUGUUGGAUCCGGUGGAUAGAGCCACUUUACAGCGUCAGAAGAGGAUGAUCAAGAACAGGGAGUCUGCUGCUAGAUCGAGGGAGAGGAAACAGGCUUAUAUUGCUGAGCUUGAAUCUUUGGUUGCACGAUUGGAGCAGGACAAGGCACAGUUGUUGAGAUCUCUGGAGGAGCUGAAAAGAACGAGGUUUAAGCAGGGACUGAUUGGUCUGGUGACGUUGGUUCUGAAUGCCUAUGCAUUAGUUAUCUGUUGAAUGAACUUUCCCCAUUGGCGUUAUGAUCAGCUGAUAUGUUUUUGGGCUAUUUCUCAUGUAAUUGAUGCUUUUUCUGCUUCAAACGAAUGAAGAAUAAAGCCCAUGUACUUGUCGUAUGCCUUUGGAUAAUCCACUUCUACUGUGACUUAGAUUGUGGUUUGAUGUACUUGAUGAAUGCAUGAUCUUCUGGAGCAAUCCAUCAUGAUGGUGCUUGUGUUUCAGCAGAUAAUUGUGCUUUCAGGGAAUUGGGCAUCAUAAUCUUUAGAACUUCUCAAUAUUUUCCUUUUUUUGUACACUGGUAAGGUUGUACCACCACCAGUUGUGGGUGCAUAAGAAGUAUAUGGAUCCCCUGAAGGACCCAUGGUAGAUAAGACAGGUUGCUAGAUGGCUGUUGGAAACCUUUGUACUGCUGUACGGAAAAGCAAAAGUUGGGGAGCUUACCUGUUAUAUGGAACAACAAUGUGUUUUGAUGAGGAGUAAUCAACAGUUGGUGAUAAGAGCACAGAUUCUGAGCUUGUGAUAAUCUCAACUUGUUACAUUCAAUUCAUACAUGCUAAAGGAAAUUAAAAUAUUCUGAAGUGUCA